AUUCAAAUUGAGAUAACAGUUUUUUUUAGACUCAUGUCACGUGACAACAUGGCGACGGUGAUAAAAGGAAAAUUAUAACUAUUUAGGAGAUAGGUGUACCUGUAUUUAUACCAAGUUUAGAUGAAAUUAAUCCAUCUCCAAAAAGGAAAAUGGUUAUUCGAAUGGUACUGGUGGGAGAAACAGGGACUGGCAAAAGCUCGACUGGAAAUUCUAUAUUAGCUCAAAAUGUGUUUCCAGUGAGCACGAAAGGAACUCCUACAACACGGACGUGUGCUGCGGGUGAAACGACGAGAUUCGGCACUAAAUUCGUCAUUGUAGACACACCAAGCUAUUUUGAUGGGAAUGACAUCGAUGCAGAAAUAAAGAAAAGCAUUAAGAGAUGUGUUGAAUUGGCUCAUCCUGGACCGCAGGUUUUUCUGUUUGUGUUUAGCUGUAGUUCAAGGUUUUGUGAAAAUGAUACUUGUGUUAUCGAUUGGUUUAAAGAGUUUUUCGGUGAAGAGAUAUACAAACAUGCCGUUAUAGUUUUCACUUCAAAAAAUUCUAAACUAUGUAAAGGAUCAAUAAGCAAGUUUGUAAGAGGAUCUGCCUCAGAGCUUCGGAAUUUAAUUGAGCUGUGUGGGAAUAGAAUUGUAGCCAUAGAUAACGCCUCUCCUAGUGAAUUAAACGAUGUAGAUAUUCGAAAUCUUAUCAGUAUUGUAGUUGAUCUCGUAAACGAUAGGAAUUUAAAUCACUUAGAUUUUGACACUGUGAAUAAUAAUUCUUCGCCAGUUGAAAACAAUUCUGAGCGGAACUCCAUGACAAGGUCAGGUAGUAUAACUGACGACAAGUUCGUCUUGU